AUGGCUAGUCCGCCGAUGAUACAGACCACGCGGGUACAGCUAUACUCCGGUAUAUACGUAGUAAUCGGCAUAGACGGCGAGGAAUGGCAACCCAAAGGCCCGCAGAACAAUGGGCUCUCCCAUCGGCCACCUAGUCGGUUUGACGUCACCAUCCUAGUUGAAGUCGGCAGGCCAACGGACAUGGCGUUGGCGGAUGGGGACGCCCGUGGCAAUGACCGAAAAACGGGAGCAUCGGGCCUCUCAGAAUUUCGUCUGCUGCAGAUCUCCUUGGUCUUCUAUGGUGAUAAUGUUAGUGGAUCUAAUAACACCUCGCGGUGGACUAUACUCACAUGGGUGGUAUCGUUAGCUGUUGACGCUCCACUCGCGCUGGUGCGAAGUGACUACUGGUCCACUGUGUUGGUAUAUUGA